UGUUUAAUCCUGACAUCUCUGAUCCUCCCCUUCUUCCAGUGUCCCCCUUUUAUCUCCUGAUAAGACAUAUCAUGUGGAGACACUCUGCACAUGCUCAGUUUGGUUUUUUUCUUGGGAGAGUGCAUGUGAUCAGCAUUGGGCAAUCAGUACUGUCCAGACAGAGGUCAAGGGUCCUGCAUCCUCUGAGAGCAGAAAUAAAACUCCUACACGCUUUAACCAGUGCUCUGCUGAACAAUGAUAGAAAUCACAAGACUGCUCUAACUGCUGAUGAGAAAAGGUAUUUAGCAGUUUAUAUUUUCUAA